GGUGGAAUGAUCGCGGCGCUCCGUUUCUUGUUGCCGGUGUAAUAUUACUCAUACACUGGCGAUGCGCUGCGGUCCACCCGAGCUCUCGUCCUCUUUCUCCGCUCUGGCUAAACGCGAGCCCGUGUCGCCCUGACAGGACCGUGCGCGGCCGCUGUGUCCGAGAAGGAGGAGUGAUCCGGACAGAUCCGUAGAGCCGCCGCCGCCGCCGCCGUACAGCACCGGGGACGCAGACACCUCCCGGGACAUGGUGCUCGGGCCACAGUGAGGCGGCUCCCCGGGCCUUAGCGCCGGGACUGAACGGAGGAAGGAAGCGGAGGAGGCGGAGCACAAAAUGGCGGACACUACGCGGAUCCUGUCCGGCUGACACUCCGGAGGGGGCGCUGAGCUUCGCAGUACGGAGAUCGGGAGUGACGGUGUGAGCGGGGCCCGCCGGGAUCAGCGACUAUACGGUGGUUUCCUGAAAACAUGAUUGUGCAUUGGCUUUGACCUUCUUCAGCAAGGAUUUUGUCUCCCAGUAUGUCAAGUUCAGGGUAUCCUCCUAACCAAGGAGCUUUUAGCACUGAGCAGAGCCGCUACUCCACCCAUCCAGUCCAGUAUACUUUUUCCAGCAGCAGACACCAGCAGGAGUUUCCCUUACCAGAAUAUCGCAAUGCUCAUUUGGAGGCUUCCCAGCUAUUGCAGCAACAGCAGCUCAGAAGACGACCAUCUUUGUUGUCUGAGUUUCACCCGGGGGCUGACAGAUUUUGCAGGCCUCAGGACAGGAGAACAGGGUAUGAGCAGCAGUACCAUUCUGUGGCACAGAGUGAGCAUGAAGCCCUGGAAUCCAAAAGACCUCGGCUAGAACAGGUAGAUUCACACUACCGGGUUUCUGCGGCUUCUGUCGUGCCUCUUGUACCAACCAUCCCAGAGGGGCUGCGACAGCAAGCGGAUGUCAAGAAGGAACAGGGCUUGUCUAAUAAACAUGAGGCCCCUUCACCCCCCCUAUCGGGGCAGCCAGGCGACGACCAGGAUGCAUCCCCCUCCAAACUCUCUAAGGAAGAAUUGAUACAGAGUAUGGAUCGGGUGGACCGGGAGAUUGCAAAAGUUGAACAACAAAUCUUGAAAUUAAAGAAAAAACAGCAACAGCUUGAAGAAGAAGCAGCCAAACCUCCAGAGCCCGAGAAGCCCGUCUCCCCUCCACCUGUGGAACAGAAACAUCGCAGCAUAGUCCAAAUUAUUUAUGAUGAAAACCGGAAAAAAGCAGAGGAAGCGCACAAAAUUUUCGAAGGACUGGGUCCUAAAGUGGAACUGCCUCUUUACAACCAGCCUUCAGACACAAAGGUUUAUCAUGAAAACAUAAAGACAAAUCAGGUUAUGAGGAAGAAACUAAUUUUAUUUUUCAAGAGACGAAACCAUGCUCGAAAACAAAGGGAACAGAACAUUUGUCAGCGUUACGAUCAGCUGAUGGAAGCUUGGGAGAAAAAAGUGGACAGAAUAGAGAACAAUCCACGCAGGAAAGCAAAGGAGAGCAAAACCCGUGAAUACUACGAAAAACAGUUCCCAGAAAUUCGGAAACAGAGGGAGCAGCAGGAGAGGUUUCAAAGAGUCGGUCAGAGGGGUGGUGGUCUAUCGGCAACCAUUGCCAGGAGCGAACAUGAGAUCUCGGAAAUUAUCGAUGGUCUGUCUGAGCAGGAGAAUAAUGAAAAACAAAUGCGACAGCUCUCAGUCAUUCCACCCAUGAUGUUCGAUGCAGAACAGAGGAGGGUGAAGUUCAUUAAUAUGAAUGGUUUGAUGGAAGAUCCGAUGAAGGUCUACAAAGACCGGCAAUUCAUGAACGUUUGGACAGACCAUGAAAAAGAAAUAUUUAAAGAAAAAUUUGUACAGCAUCCUAAAAACUUUGGUCAUAUUGCUACUUGUCUGGAGCGAAAGAAUGUUGCUGAUUGUGUGUUGUAUUAUUAUUUAACUAAGAAAAAUGAAAACUAUAAAUCUCUUGUAAGAAGAAAUUACAGCAAGCGAAGAGGUCGAAACCAGCAGCAACAGAUUACACGACCAUCCCAAGAAGAAAAAGAAAUUGACAAAGCAGAUGAGGAGAAAGCAGAAAAAAAUGAGAGAAAGGAGGAAGAACGAAGGGAAGAGGAGGAGAAAGAAACAAAAGAGGAGUUUAGGGAGAACACCAAAGAGAAAAUAGAGACUGUUGCAGAAGAGCUCGAGGAAAGAGAGCAAUCCACUCCCAAGGGACGCAAAACGGCAAAUAGUCAAGGUCGGCGGAAGGGUCGCAUUACAAGAUCGAUGGCAAAUGAGGCAGCUGCUGCUAAUGCAGCAACUACCCCGGCGGCUCCUACUUCUACGCCACCACCACCUCCUCCUCCCCCAGCACCGCCUGCAGAACCGCCUACUCCUGUGGCAACUUCGCCAGAAGAACCUCAAGCUCCGCUAUCUGCAGCAGCUGCACAGGAGCAAACUUCUGCAGAGACUGUGGAGACCUCACGCUGGACUGAAGAAGAAAUGGAAGUUGCUAAAAAAGGCUUGUUAGAACACGGUCGUAACUGGGGAGCCAUCGCCAAGAUGGUAGGAACGAAGAGUGAAGCCCAGUGUAAAAACUUCUACUUCAAUUACAAAAGGAAGCACAAUCUGGACAACUUGUUGCAGCAGCACAAACAGAAAUCUCGUAAGUCACGAGAAGAGCGAGAUGUAUCACAGUCUGAAAGUGUGGCAUCCACUGUUUCUGCCCAGGAAGAUGAGGAUAAUGAAGUUUCUAAUGAUGAAGAAAAUCCUGAAGAUAGUGAAGGUGCUGAAAACAGUUCGGACACUGAGAGUGCCCCUUCGCCUUCAGCUGGAGAAGGAGCCAAACAAGCUGAAGAAAUGCCAGAGAGAACCACUGCUGCUUCAGUAACUACAGCUGCAUCUCCAUCAGAGGAACCUGCCAGCAAGCCUGCUACUAGUUCAUCCCCGACCACUGCACCACAGAAUGCUAAAACUCCUGAGAACCAGUAUCCAGAACUACAGGUGAAAGAGGAAAUCAAUCCUGAACCUGAGGAGGCCAUGGAGGUUGAGGAGAGAAGUGAAAGUACUGAGUCUAAACAAUCUCCUGGCCUCCAAACCAAUACCAAAGCUGAACCUGUUGAGCCUGAGGUGAAGCCACCAGAGAGUGCUCAAGUAAAAAUGGAGGAGGAUACCAAAGACAGAGUUUUGGAAAGAACUAAAGAAAAUUCGGAGCCCGAUGACAUAGAGUUCGUUCCCAGCAAAAUACCUUCUCAUACAAGGGUGGAGUCUCAGUCAGAAAAUGACUCCAGUGCUACUUGCAGUGCUGAUGAAGAAGUUGAUGGAGAGCCUGAGAGGUCAAGGAUGUACACUAUGGAUUCAAAACCUUCAAUGUUAAACCCGAGUGGAACCAUUCUGAUGUCCUCUAUGAAGCAAGGGCCAAUGGAUUUGCAGCAGUUACAUCACCGUGCUGCUGUCAUUCCACCCAUGGUAUCUUGCAGCCCCUGUGUUAUACCCCCUGGCACAUCGGUGUCGGCAAACAGUUAUAGUUUAUACUUUCAGUCUUUGCAUGAAAAUAACUUACUAGAAGAGCAAAGGCAGAGGCAAGAACAGAUGAACAUGGAGAGCAAGAGAUCAGCCAGCCCAGCAAACAUGUCUAAGAGUUCAAGCAUUGAUUGGGAAGGAAAAUCUGUGUACAUGCCUUAUGCUGCUGAAGUCAAGCGAGCGCUGGAGCAUGAAGCUCAAAUGCAGAAUGUUGCACGUUCUGUUUCACCGUACAGGAUGUCUCCACGAGAAGUUAGCAGGGCUUCCCCGCAAGCAGAGCUCAAUCCUGUGCGCUACUGUGUCCCUCCAGUAUUGCAGCCUGCUCCCCAUCAGGUAAUAACUUCCCUAGCCGAAGGAACACGACUAUCUGUGACGCGCCCGACCCGUCCACCUCCCCCUCUGAUUCCGUCAUCCAAAACUACAGUGACCUCCUCUGACAAGCCUUCCUUUAUUGUGGGGGGAUCUAUAUCCCAGGGAACACCUGGCACAUACUUAACAUCGCUCAGUCAGCAGCCCUAUAACCCAGAGUCAGUUAAGCCCUCUGGCUCCAUCUCUCUUGGCCUGCCAAGGCAACAGGAAUCUGCUAAAGCUGGUUCUGUGACAUACAUCAAACAAGAAGAGUUUUCUCCGAGGCAGAGCUCCCAGCCGGAGGGGCUGCUGGUCAGAGCACAGCAUGAAGGUGUUGUCCGAGGUACUAUGAAUGCAUUGCAGGAGGGAAGCAUCACGAGAGGCACUCCAGCUACCAAAGUUCCCAUGGAAGCGAUGUCCUCUCUUCGAGGGUCCAUUACUCAGGGUACGCCAGCACUGUCACAGUCUGGCAUUGCUGCCGAUGUCUUGUUGAAGACGACCAUCACCAGACUGGCUACAGAAGACAUCAAUAGUCCAGAGAAGUGUAGAGAAGAGUCCUCUGCCAAAGGCCAUGUCAUUUAUGAGGGAAAGAGUGGACAUAUUGUAUCUUAUGAUUCCACCAUUAAGAAUCUACGUGAUGGUACCAGGAGUCCCCGGAGUGUUCCAGAGAUGACACUGAAGAGAAGCCAUGAAGCCAUGGAAGGAAACAUAAAGCAGAACCUGUCUGUCAGAGAGUCUGCUGUGUCAGCACCAAUGGAAGGACUUAUCUGUCGUACACUACCUAAAGGCUCAGAACUGAAGGAAAGACAGGUUCUUAGUGGCUCAAUAAUGCAAGGCACCCCAAGAGCAACAUCUGAAAUCUUUGAUGAUGGACUCAAAUAUGCCAAGCAAAUCAAACGUGAAAGUCCACCUAUUCGGUCCUUCGAUGGUGCCAUCUCAAAAGGCAAGCCUUAUGAUGGUGUUACCACAAUUAAAGAAAUGGGUCGUUCUAUUCAUGAAAUCCCCAGGCAGGACCUUCUUAGUCAAGAAAGUCGGAAAACUCCGGAGAGUUCCAGGACAAUAAUGGAGGGGUCUAUUUCCCAGGGAACACCUAUAAAACAUGAUGGUACAUCUGGUCAAUCUGCUAUCAAGCACAAUGUAAAGUCCUUGAUCAUGGGGCCAAGUAGGCUGCAACGUGGGGUGCCACAGAUGGACAUGAUGCCAGAGAAUUUGAAGAUGGUAGAUAGAUCAAAAUGUGAAGACUCCAAGUCAUCUGAUGCCAUGCGAUCACGUCAUACAUCUGUUGUGAGUUCUGGUACAUCGGUGCUCCGGUCAACUCUACACGAAGCCUCCAAGUCUCAGUUGAGCCCCGGGAUUUAUGACGAUUCUAGCGCUAGGAGGACGCCAGUAAACUACCCCAGCCCAAUGUCAAGAAGUUCGCCUAUGGCACGGUCAGAAGGUGGCCUCACACCAGGGAAGUCUUCCAGCCAUGAAAGAAAAAGCACAUUAACGCCAACACAAAGGGAAGAUAUUGUUGUAAAGUCCCCAGUCCCUGCAUCUCACAGUCCCUUUGAUCCUCACCUACGGGGAGGCACCCCUGGAGAGGUCUACAGAGGCCAUCUGCCGCCUCAUCUUGAUCCUAUGCAGUUCCACCGAGCUUUGGAUCCUGCAGCCUACUUGUUUCAAAGGCAGCUUUCCCCAACACCAGGUUACCCAAGCCAGUACCAGCUCUAUGCCAUGGAGAACACACGACAGACCAUCCUUAAUGACUACAUCACCUCCCAGCAGAUGCAGGUUAAUUUAAGGCCAGAUGUUGCCAGAGGGCUUUCUCCUAGGGAACAAGGUUUAGCAAUACCCUAUACUGGAGCACGAGGUAUAAUAGACUUAAAUAACAUGCCACCCACUAUUCUGGUCCCUCAUCCUGGAGGAACAAAUACUCCCCCGAUGGACAGAAUUACAUAUAUGCCAGGGGCACAGCUUGCUUUCCCUGGCAGGCCAUACAACCCCCCAGCAUCUUUGUCUCCAGGUCACCCAGCACACUUAACUUCUGUAUCAUCUGCCAAUGCUGAAAGGGAGAGAGAACGAGAAAGGGAACGCGAACGAGAAAAAGAACAGCGUGACAGAGAGCGGGAAAGGGAGAGGGAGCGAGAGAGAAUGGUAGCAGCCUCGGCACAGAGUGAACAUUAUCUGCGACCAGGAUGUUCGAACAGCAGCGGGAGCUGGGGGCGGGGCGGUGCCGUGCAUGUCUAUGGCCACACACAGCCCGCCUCAGGAGCGAGCCCGCACAUCUGCUACCAUAGCAAGCGGCUUGCUAUGGAGACAGACACAGAAGAAGAGGAGCGAAGAUCGCCGGCGGGGGACCUCAGGAGGGGAGGUUCAGGGCCGCUCUGUGCAAUGCCAUUGCACAUAGCAGGUUCGGAGCCACCUAGUAGACCAAGUAGUCACGGAUAUGUACGAUCACCAUCACCAUCAGUCCGGUCCCAGGAGAACAUGAUGCAACAGAGGCCGAGUAUAUUACAUGGAGCUAAUGGAAAAAGUGUCAUCACACCACUAGACCCAGCACAGCUGCGAAUCAUGAUAUGGAACAAUAUGCAAGAUAACACGUUGCCUCUGAAUCCUGGUGCAGCCUCCAUCACUCACGGAACUCCAGCCUCCCGGUAUAGCACCGCUGCUGAUGCAUUAGCUGCGUUAGUAGAUGCUGCAGCUUCUGCUCCACAGAUGGAAGUUUCCAAGCCAAAGGAAAGCAAGCACGAGUCGCUACGAGCAGAAGAAAGGCGUGCAGCAAUGGAGCAGCAACAUCAGCAGCAGCAACAGCAGCAGCAUCAGCAGCAGCAGCAGCAGCAUCAUCAUCAGCAGCAACAGCAGCAGCAGAUGGAGUCUGAGCGUAGACUGGUUCAAAGCCCAUACACCUCCUCCAGUUUCUCUAGCAGCAAGUCCCAAAGCCAGCCAUCUCCAGCUGUGUAUUCUGAAGCAGGCAAAGAUAAACCCGCACAUACUAAAUCACGCUAUGUGGAGGAAUUAAAAGCCCACGGAAAGACUACAAUCACUGCAGCCAACUUCAUAGAUGUGAUCAUAACACAGCAGAUUGCUUCUGACAAAGAUGCGCGAGAGCGUGGUUCACUAAGCUCCAAUUCCUCCAGUAGCUUGUCUUCCCACCGCUAUGAGCCACCCAGAGACACUAUUGAAGUUAUCAGCCCAGCGAGCUCCCCAGUGCAAGUCCAAGAGAAGGAAAAUUACCCACAGGAAGUUCCUAAACCAAGCCAGUCUGAAAGUGAAAGCAGUCGGCAAUAUGAAGCACAAGCCAGUCGCUACAGGGCACAAGAGUCUCCCUCCCCACAGCAGCCUACUCCCACCCAUGUGCCACAGACCCACAGGCUCAUUACCCUAGCUGAUCACAUAUGUCAUAUUAUCACACAAGACUUUGCAAGGAACCAAUCCACUUCUCAAGCUUCUCAGCAGACACCUACAUCAACAUUCCAGAACACUGCCCCACCAGCAGCACCCGUCCGAUCCAAACCAUCCAACAGGUUCAGCCCAGACUCUCAGGGCCAGCCCGUGCACCACCAGCGGCCAGCCUCCAGGGUGUCUCCAGAAAACAUGCCUGACAAACCUAGAGGAAGGCCUGGAAAGUCACCAGAAAGAGGGCACAUGAGUGAGCCAUAUGAGCCUAUAUCACCCCCACAGGCUCCCAUUGUACACUCAAAACAAGAUAAUAUGAUGUUACUGUCCCAGAGGUCGGAGCCUGCUGAACAAAGGAAUGAUUCUCGAUCACCUGGAAAUAUGAAUUAUCUCCCCGCUUUCUUCACCAAGUUGGAGAAUACCUCCCCUAUGGUGAUGUUCAAGAAACAAGAGAUUUUUCGUAAGUUAAACUCCUCUGGUGGCGGUGACUCUGAUAUGGCAGCUGCUCAGCCAGGGACAGAGAUAUUUAACUUGCCAGCUGUCACAACCUCGGGUACCAUCAGCUCCCGAGGUCAUUCCUUUGCUGAUCCAGCCAGUAAUCUCGGUCUAGAGGAUAUUAUCCGCAAAGCUUUAAUGGGAAAUUUUGAUGACAAGCCAGACGAUCAUGGUGUCCUGAUGGGAGGAGCACAAGGCAGCACUUCAGGGUCUUCAAAUAAUGAUCCUCGUAGAGAGGAAGCAAAUCCCUCACCCAAUUCAGGGUCCACGCAGUUCCCAUUCAACCCGUUAACUAUGGGGAUGCUGAACAGCACUCCUCCGUCUUCUAUGGCCUCCACCAUAACACAGAGUUCUGCCCACCAACAAAGCAGGAUAUGGGACAGGGAGCCAGCGCCACUCCUCUCAUCACAGUAUGAAACCCUAUCGGACAGCGAUGACUGAAACACUUUGAACUAAAAAUGUGUACGACUAAGGGUUCCAAUGGCGAUGUCUAUAUAUUCAUAGCCUGAUAGACUUUUUCCAAUGAGAGCCACAGGCUAAGGAGCACGGGGCCACCUUCCUACACAGCUGUGUAAAAUAUUUUAAAUGGAUAUCAGCCUGUCACGCCCAGGCAACUACUAGCAGAAUGUAAUUAGUAAAGAUUUAAAGGUCCACGUUAAUAUGUAAAGAAGUUUUAAAGGAAAAGUGGAUAAUUUGAUGCCUACCAAUUUCACAGCUAUUUGUAAAAAAGGAAAAAAAAAAAAAAAAAAGUCUUUAAUUCUCUUCUGUAAAUAUUUGCAGUGGUUUAUUUUAUUUUUUUUCCUUUGCUCUAGUAUGGUGUAUGUAUGUUUAAUUCAAUACCUCCCCUCUAAAAAGAACAUUUUGUUUUUUAAUUAUUUUAUUUUUUUCUCUGGACUUGCUUCCUAGAUGGCAGACAGCCAAUUUUAAUUACAUUAAUUGUCCUGCACCUUAUAACUGCCCACUUCAGAUUUGUAGUCCAUCUAGCAGGUCACGCCUAGAGAGCAGAAAAGACGCCUUGUUUUUAAAUAGUCAUUUGAGGCGAGAGCGUGGCACCAUUUUUUUUUGGAACCAUUGGGAAGUUUCCAGCUUUUUAUUUUUUAACUUGUGUCAAAACGCAUCUGAUAAGUCAGUCUAGAACGCAAACUGGUGAGGUUACCGCCUCAGUGUCCUAUAAAAAAAGAAGAAAAAAAAAAACAUUUUUUUUAAAUUUCUUUUAUCAGACCUACCACAUGGAAGAAGCUUUUCUGCACUAGCAAUGACAAUUGCAAAAUUGUGUCUGUGAAUUUAAAUUUCCGGUUGUUUUUAUCCUUUGUAGGAAUAUAUUCUCCAGGGAAAACAAUAGGUGUAUGUGUAUAGGCAGGAUUGUCGCCAAUCUCAAGACUGACUGAUUGGUACAUUAGAUGCUUUUUUUUUUUUUUCUCCUCACAGCGUUCAUUUAAUUCUAUACAUGGAUUGUAAUAAAAUGUUUUGGCGCAAAA